UAUUAGAAAUUAAAUAUUUAAAAAAAAAUUAAAGAAUAUUAAAAUAAUGAAAAAUAUUUGUGUAUUCAUUUUUGUUUCUGGAUUAGUGUGUAUUGGUCAAGGGGCCAAAUGGGAUGGAAAUUGUUUGAAUCCACCGUUUUAUGAUGGAGAUUGUUGUAAAGAAGGUAUAUUUGAGGAUGAUGUUCCAACAAUUAAAACUUGUGCUCAAAAAUUUUCUUUAACACUUAAUGCUAAUAAUGAUGUUAUACCAACUGUAGCUAAUUUAGAAAGUUAUGUGUGUUUUACUGAUUGUCUUUAUGUUGCUGACAAAUAUAUCAAUAAUGGUGCAUUAGAUUUAAAUUUUAUAAAAACUGAUGUUGCUGCUCGUGCAAAAAAUUUCACUGAAUUGGGAACUAUUUAUUAUAAUGCAAUGGAAAAAUGUUCAAAAUCAACUGAUAAAAUAGCUGAAACAAUUAAACCAUAUCCAAAUUCUGAUAAAUAUUUGAAAGGAAAAUGUUCACCAACUGCACAAUUAAUUGAUGAUUGUACUGAUAUUGAAUAUUUUGCAAAUUGUCCAGCAAAAUAUUGGACACCAAAUGUACCAGAAUGUGAUGAUGUUAAAGCAUAUGCUGCCAAAUGUAAAUUACUUAAAUAAAAUAUUAUAAAAAAAAUGUCAUGAUGCAUGAUGUGAAUUAUUGCGUGUAUGCUUUAUUUAAAAUUUAA